AUGGGUAUCGGACAGAAGAUCAAGGAUGCGAUCCAUCAUGACAGUCCUAGCAAGACGUCAACCUCCUACGAGAAUGACAAGCCUCCCGGAAGCUUCCCCUCCGACACGACCGGCACCAAGCACAACAAGAUGACUGACGGCCGCGACUACACAACAACCGGCACUACUGGUACUACCGGAACCACCACUGGCACAACCGGGACAACCGGCACCACCGGCAGCGGCCUGACCGGCAAGCACACAACCACAACCGGCACGGGACACCACAGCCCGACCACCAACACCCACGGUGGAGCCACCGGCGACCUCACCGGCACCGGCAGGACCGGCCACCACGCCACAGACUCCGGCAUCGAUGUCGGCCACGGCCCCAACCACACGCGCACUGGUGAGCACGGAACCUCCGAUUCCCCGUACUGGGGCUCCAUGGGCCGAGAGAGCCAUGGGGUCACCGGUGGCUCGGGUACUUCUGGCCUGACCGGGUCUAACACUCGUACAGGCUAUGAUGAUCCCGCCGGCACUCACGGCCCCCACGGCAACCGCGCCGAGAACCUCGCCGACCCCCGUGUCGACUCUGACCGUGAUCACCGCGGUGCUCCCGGAACCGGCUUGACCGGUUCCAACGUUCACACCGGUCCUGGGGUUACUGGUUCCAACGUUCACUCUGGUUCCGGCCUGACGGGUUCUAACGCUCACACCGGCACCGGGUUGACCGGCUCUAACGUCCGCACUGGUUACGAUGACCCGUCCGGCACCCAUGGACCUCACGGCAACCGCGCUGGUAACCUUGCCGACCCUCGCGUUGACUCCGACCGUGACCACCGCGGUGCUCCCGGUGCCGGCUUGACUGGCUCUAACGUCCACACCGGCCCUGGUGUUACUGGUUCCAACACCCACACCGGUCCUGGCCUGACCGGCACCAACACUCACACCGGCUACGAUGACCGCUCCAACAUCCGCACUGGCUACGAUGACCCCUCUGGCACUCACGGCCCUCACAACACCCGUGCUGCCAACGUUGCCGACCCUCGCGUCGACUCUGACCGCGACCACCGAGGUGCCCCCAUCGGCGCCAACAAGGACCUUCCUCUGCGCCCCAACGAGCAGUACGGUGCCAGAGGCCAAGGUCCCGAGGCUGUUGGCGGAGGCACUUACAACCCCAUGUCGACUGCUGGUCACCACGACCCUACUUCGAACGUCGACCGCUCCAUCGAGGGCCGUGACUUCACUCACACCGGCCACGGCGGCAACGUCGGAUCUGGUGUCGGCGGCAACCAGCCUCAGUACGGCGUCCACAACCCCGUCCAGAACCCUUCGCUCAUCGGGGCCAACACCAACGACCCCUACGACACUAGAAUGAGAGACCGCGACAUGGGCCGCGACCGCACCGGCCAUGGCAUCGCUGGCGGCGUUGCCGGUGCCGGUCUCGGCGCUGCUGCCUCUCAGGCCGCUCACAGACACCACCACGACGACCUCCGCGACUCCGGCUACGUUGGUGGUAACACCGUUGGCAACCAGACCUCUCCCGUCAACACUCGCGGCGGUGUCGAUGACUACCCUCGCUCCGGCUCCGGUGGUCUCACCGGCAACGAGCCCGGUGUUCCCAAGACCAGCAUGCUGGACCCCUACAACGAGUCUCCCACCAACACGCACGGAGUCGGUGCCGGAAGUGGACUCGUCGGUGGACGCAAUGUCUCUCCCCCUCUCAACCAAGGUUCGCUUGCUUCCAAUUCUAUGUCUACGUCUACCGGUAUGGGUCCUGACCACUACGGACCAGGCCACGAAGGCGCCAAGGUUAUGCACACCUGCAACCACUGCGGCAGAGACAACGACAUCAGCCGCUACUUUAAGAAGGAGGCCGUCUACCGCAUGAACUAA